AUGUCCAUAUCAAACUCCCAAGCUCUUCCUAGGCCUAUGCUCGGAUAUAUCAAUACCGAGCUUAACAACCCAAACAGACGUCCCACUCCUACGACCUUGAACCCCCGUGAGCUCCGAAAUUCUCUUGAAACUUCAACUGAUUACCUCCUGCGCUCCCAGAAACUCUUCCGGAAGAUGAGCUCCCGAUACCAUACGGAUCUCUGCCCUUUCUACCUUCGAGAGUCUCCCCAGCUACCAAGACACUGUAGAGGUAUCACACGUCAGCACCAUGAAUUCCUGGCAGCAAGUGCGCAGUACCUGAUGCGGUAUUCAAUAUCGAUGGCGGUUACCCUGUUGGUGGCGUUGGAGAGGAGGGCGACAGAAAAGGAUAUGAAGAUGCGGGGGUUUCUGAUCAAGGUUCUGGAGGAUGAGAGUGUUGAAGAUAGAAUUGCGGCAUUGGCGCUCACGGCGUACUGGAUACUGCACCCAUAA